CAAUUGGUUUUGUCGCGCUUUUGGUCGACAUGCUGGAACAUCGCUUAACUGACAUCGAGGAUCCUGCCAUUCAAAUCCUUCGCCACCUUGCAAGCUAUGAUGACGUUCAGCUUGCCUUGAAUCAAAGGGGACUCAUCAAAAAGCUGGUGUCGUUGAUGAAUAGUCGGAAACAUGAAACAAGUAGCGGAGCUAUUCUUACAAUGCUGUCGAUUUUCCCGCAUCCACCCAUACGAUCAGUGGCGGUCAAGGAAGGUGUCGUUGCGACGUUGAUCAAUCAUCUAAAACACCAGCAGAAGUGUUUGUUUGCGGCCUACGCGCUCUCUCUCAUCAUGGACUACGACGACAUAAGAAAAGCCAUGUCUGAGCUAUCCGUACCUGACUCCAUCGUCAGCGCGGUGGUACAUGGAUCAUUCAACGGGACGGUCGAGAAUGAGCAUGGUAAAGUCGUACUUGGACGUCUCAUGCACAAUGAUGACCUGAGGGCAGCUGUUAUCAAAACCUAUACAACAGCGGCCCUUUGCGCCAUGUUCAGAAAGGGCGAAUUAGCACUGAAUCAUGCAGCAGUUGAUUUCUUGGAUAUUAUGGCGAAGUAUCCCGAUGGGAAAGAGGUCAUUAAAGAAUCCAAGGAUGCAAUAUUCCAUGCUAUAGUGGGGACGGCCCACCAUACAUGGAACUCACAAAAACAUGCUGCAAUGGCGCUCCGCACUCUUUUUGGGAUUCAGCAUUCUUCCGAAAGAAGCUUUGUCACGAAAGAGUUUCAACCCGUCAUCUUGGCAGGGCUUCCGGACAUACUGAGAUUGCUAAAGCAUGAAGCGGUCUUACCGUAUUGUUGGCGUGCCCUGUACAUGCUCACAUUUCUGAAGGAAACUGUCCGGGCUCGUGUGCGAGAGCACGAAGAUUUUAAAUGUGCCAAAGGGAAGUAUUUCUCAAAGACCAUGAAACUACAGUAUCAUAGUUCAGACCCACGGGAAGAGGACGUCCACAAACUGCUCGACAAAUUAUUUGAGGCCAUGGAGGAAGGCACUGACCGUCGCAGUGCCCUGAAAUUCCCAGAAGUGCACCCGAUACCUAGGCACAGUCCCUUGGUCACCUCCCUCGCGAUCUUAUCUUGCGUCUUGUACAUUCCUUGCGGCCUUUCACUUCUACUGACCGGAUUGGCAAUCGAUAAGACGGAAUCGUCGCCCACAUAA